GGGGCGGGGAGGGGCCAGGUUGGAGCUGGCAGCGCAGGCACAGAGAGACCGAGUUCCAGGCCAUCGGCGCAGCCGCUCUGAGCAGUAAAGUUUGAUGGAAGGACACGGAGCCAAUCAAAACCACGAGCACAUGACGACAAUCGAGGCUCAUGCUGUUGCCCAGCAGGUUCAGCAGGUGCAUGUGGCCACAUACACAGACCACGUGGUCCUGAGUGGAGAGGAUGACUCCCCUUCAUCCCCAGAAGAAACUUCCUUUGACGAUUCUGACAUCCUAAAUUCAACCAUCACAGAUGAAGUCACAGCCCAUCUUGCUGCAGCAGGUCCAGUGGGAAUGGCAGCAGCUGCUGCUGUGGCAACAGGAAAGAAACGGAAGCGACCUCAUGCCUUUGAGUCCAAUCCCUCAAUACGCAAAAGGCAGCAGACACGUUUGCUACGCCCCAAUGGUGUAGUUAGUAAAUACACUGCCCAGAGCCUGGCCGUGCACCGGGAAGAUCCCUGCUUCAAAUCCACGUCUGUAACUGAGAAACUCCGGGCUACACUGGAUGAAUACACAACUAGAGUUGGCCAACAGGCAAUCGUGCUGUGCAUCUCACCUUCCAAACCAAACCCCAUUUUUAAAGUGUUUGGAGCUGCUCCUCUUGAGAAUGUGGUACGCAAGUAUAAAAGCAUGAUCCUGGAAGACCUGGAGUCAGCACUGGCAGAACAUGCUCCCACUCCUCAGGAGAUUAAUUCUGACCUUCCACCACUGACAAUUGAUGGAAUCCCAGUCUCUGUGGAUAAAAUGACACAGGCUCAGCUCCGUGCUUUUAUUCCGGAGAUGCUGAAGUAUUCAACAGGGAGAGGGAAACCUGGUUGGGGUAAGGAGAGCUGCCGCCCUGUGUGGUGGCCUGAAGACAUUCCAUGGGCCAAUGUUCGCAGUGAUGUGCGGUCAGAGGAACAGAAACAGCGCGUUUCCUGGACACAGGCUUUGAGGACAAUUGUUAAGAACUGUUACAAGCAGCAUGGCAGAGAGGACCUACUGUAUGCUUUUGAAGAUCAGCAGUCACAGCCACAGACUCACAUCGCCCAUCUUGUCCCUUCUCAGACAGUGGUUCAGACAAUCAGUAAUCCUGAUGGCACAGUCUCCCUCAUACAGGUUGGCACGGGUGCAACAGUUGCGACUCUGGCAGAUGCGUCUGAACUCCCAGGAACGGUAACUGUUGCUCAGGUGAAUUACUCCACUGUUCAGGACGGAGAGGUUGAGCAGAACUGGGCCACGUUGCAAGGGGGGGAAAUGGCAAUCCAGACAACCCAGGCCUCUGAAGCCACCCAGGCUGUGGCCUCUCUGGCGGAGGCUGCAGUAGCUGCAUCCCAAGAGAUGCAGCAAGGGGCCACCGUUACCAUGGCACUGAACAGUGAGGCUGCUGCCCAUGCUGUUGCCACACUUGCAGAAGCCACCCUGCAGGGCGGAGGGCAGAUUGUGCUGUCAGGAGAGACUGCUGCUGCUGUAGGAGCACUGACUGGUGUCCAGGAUGCCAAUGUGGCCUUGUACGUUCCUGUAAAGGUUGCCGCUCCUUCCCAGUUGACCGCUGUCUGCCGCAGUACCACGGGCAGCAAUCAACAGAAAGCCCCUGAGUGCAACAAACCGGAUCGAGAAAUCAGUGUUGGCCUGGUGCAGAUCCCAGUGAGCAUGUACCAGACAGUCGUCACCAGCCUGGCUCAGGGUAACAGACCUGUGCAGGUUGCAAUGGCCCCCGUCACUACUCGAAUGACAGAAAUCCAGUCAUCUGCGGUAACCGUGGAAGGGCAAGCUGUGGAGGUAGUGACAUUGGAGCAGUGAGGAGACCACCAAAGAACAAAGCAACUUUUCUGUUCUUCAGAAGUCCAACAUUGCAGUACUGCAAUCAGGUGUCUAGUGCAUUGACAGGUGGCCGUGAAAAUAAAAGUGCCCUAUGUGGGUUUAGUGUUGGGGAGAGAAAUGAUAGAGGACUUCUCUUCUCUUAUAUUACCCUCUGAGAGAUUUCUAGCUCUUGUAUUUACUGUUUUAUAUUGGAAGGGAAGAAAAAUCAAACCUAUUUGUAUAAGUUUCUCUGUAUUUAUGCACAAAGUGUUUGUGUCUGUCUCUGAAGACUGAGGCCUUGUUUAUUAAGGGUCUAGCUUGGAAUCUUUAUCAUUGUGAUUCUAGAGGUUUGGAUCAACUCUGGAGGGUUGGUGUUUGGGAGGAUAGGGUGUCUGCAUUUUCCAUUUCAAUAAAAAUUGGAGCAGGACCUGAACCCCAAACCCUUUAAAAGUUACUACCUGGUUGGUGUGCAGAUUUUUACUUUAUUGCUCUUUCGCUAGUUGUAAUAUUACAUGUCAAAGCAGAAGAAUUUUAUAUCCCCAUCACUUUAGUAAACAACCUCACCAGCUAUGGGGACAGAGAGAUACAGAAUAUCAGCUCGAGUUUCCCCUUCCGAUCCCUGUAUGAGCACAUUAAGGUACACGUACUGUUGAGUGAGGGCAGAACAAAGCUCUGCACUGAAUCCCCUCUCACUGAAGUAAGGUGUCAAACGUUAGACGACACAAGUUUGACCCAUCGGGAGAAGACAAUAGAAUAAAAUCUUCGAGACGUUUAGUGAAUUGGAGUGUAAGUGUAGUUGGGUCUCAUCCCCCACCAAAGCAAACUGGCCAAGGAACCUAUUGAGUACCAUCAUUAAUUUUUAAUCAUUUUAAUUUUUUGCACAUUUUAUUUGUUUCCUAUUAAAUCCACAACCUAUGAGUGUAGAAGCUGAGUUCCAGCCAGACCUUAGUUCAGUUUGUUGCUAUAAAUUAUCAUAGAUCAGGAUUACUUUGCCUGUCUUUGGGCAUGGGCUUCUGACAGUGGGCAGUGAGAUUGGAAAUGCAGCAGGGGUGCAGUGAACCACUUUGAAGCUGCACUUCACUCACUUCGACAGUGUCUACUUAAUGAGCAGUCAUGAAAGGUUUUUAGAGAAUUUGUUUUGCACUAACUUUAAAAAACUUGUGUAAUCGUAAUGUAACAAUAGCAGAUGUUGUUAAUGUUAGGCAAUUCAUGUAGUAAAAUAUCCCCAAAGAGUAGAAAGUAGGCUCAGUUUAACAUUAGUGGAGUCUGAUGCUUCUGUCUAAAUAGAAUACUUUCCCCAUUGGAUGCUUUUCCCCUGUUUGGGAAAUUUUAAACACAUAGUAGGUGUCAAUAUCAUUCAAGCCAUUUAAUUAAAUAGUUUUAUUCAGCAAGUUAACCUGUGCAAAAUUAUUGUAAGUACCAGCAUUAUUCAAAGUUACUUGCAUGUAAAAGAUAUUUUAGAUUUUGCAUUCAUACAGUUUAGUUGAACUGAACCAAUUUAAAGACAUUUCCAAUCUCAGUAUUUAAUUCUAGGCCUUGUUUCUCCUGGUUUUCUGAAGGAAAACAAUUUCUUUUUGGAGUAUGAAGAGAACCUAAUAAUCAAGUUGAGCUCAUGAACAAGAUUGACUAAGAGUUAGAUGAUACUAAAGUUUGGCUUAAUUUCAUAUUAUCAAAAUGAGCUCAUGAAAGGGCGUAAGAGAGGUUAAAAUAGUAACUGGAGGAAGAACAAGAAGCUCUUUCACUCACACCCUAACAAAAUGAAAUAAAGUUGGCUGGUACUGCAAGUUGUAGAUAUUGACACCUUUCCCCAUUGAUGUACCAGUUGUAGUGAUUAAUUUGCUGUUAUAGUUAUGUAUAAGUGAAGGGAGCUUAAUAAAGUUAAAAUACUGCAAGACCAGGCGCUCCUUUAAACUGCUUCAGUAUUCCUUGUCAUUGACCUUUCCUGAUCUGGUUUACAGCCAUGUAUCUAUCAUACACUGCAAUGUUGAUACUCGGGUUAUUUGAGAAUAUUUGGCCCACCCUUUGUCAAAAAUUUGUACUUAAUCUAAUAUGCUUUAAUGUUUGUGCCAAUAUGCUUCUUGUAUGCUGUUCUUAAUUCAUCACUUCCACCAUCUAUGCCACAGCAGUGCUUCAGCCUAGUGUUAUACAAAUUAGAAUCCUGUCCAGAGUUUGCAAGGCUGGACAAUCUGCAGUGGUACUUUCAGAUGCUAUUUGCAUGUCACCAUUGAUGAUAUGGAAGUUUUCUGCAAACUUCAGUAAAAUCCUGGUGACAACACUGCAAUAUAUUUACUUUCUCCUUUCCUCCUCUGUUGUCCUGUUCAGUCCUAUCCAGCAAUCUUCCACAUUGAGGCAAUUGGGAGACUGGAUUCUGAUUCCUCCAUUUGACAAAAUGGGUGAUGGAUAAUGCAACAACCACAAUAGUAUUAGCAAAAUACCUUGCAAAAGCUGUUGACGUUGGGUGGGUGGGGGUAGGAGGGCAAGGUAAUGGGAGCAAUUUGGUCUCCACCGAAAUUUAAUGUGAUUCCAUGUACUGUGAAAAGAGAGCAAACCAGAAUGGAUUGGAAGUGCUUCCUCCUUCGGAUACUCACAACUUUAUAUGGGGAGGAUUGGAGGGAAUAUAAAAUUACCAUGGUCCUCCAUACUUUCUGGUUAGUACCAUGGACCAAUGGAUGCGCCAGAUGGUGGCCAUUGCAAAGAGUGAAUCUUCAUAUAGAUAUGAAUACUGUAUAUAAUAAAGAAAAGUUCUUUUAAGUGCUGAAGGUGAGUACAGGUCUUAAAAGUACUGUGGUUUGUUUGCUACAAUAUUUAAUUCCCCUUGGAUACUCUGAAAAUGUAUUUGAAUGAAGACAUUUGCAUUUGAUUUUGUUUUAUAUGUUGCUUUUUUUUGGUUUGGGAACUGUGGUUUGUUAUAUAAACACUGUUUCCUUUUUUGGACAUAGCGAGCUCAUGGUGUGUAAUAAAGAUGUGAAUAAUCCUGGUAA